CGGCAGAAGUUUCGCGCCGUCCUAAUGGAGGCCACAGUCAAGCUGGAUGAGCAGGUCAAGAAGAUCGGUAAAGCCGUAGAAGACUCAAAACCGUACUGGGAGGCCAGAAGGGCGGCCCGCCAGGCUCAAGUAGAAGCUCAGAGAGCCACACAGGAGUAUCAGCGAGCCAUCGAGAUCCUCCGGGCGGCGAAGGAGACCAUUGCUCUGGCCGAGGAGCGACUGUUAGAAGAGGACAGCAGGCAGUUUGACUCGGCCUGGCAGGAGAUGCUCAACCACGCCACCCAGAGGGUGAUGGAGGCGGAGCAAAGCAGGACACGCAGUGAAAUCGAGCACAGAGAAACAGCGACCAAAUACAACGCCGCCAUCAGCCACAUGAGACAACUGGAGAAGAAGCUCAAACGCACCAUCAACAAGUCCAGGCCGUACUUUGAAUUAAAGGCGAAAUAUUAUCUGCAGCUCGAGCAACUGAAGAGACGGGUCGACGAGCGUCAGGCUAAACUGACCCAGGCCAAAGCCGAGUACCGGACGGCCCUUCGGAACCUGGAGACCAUCUCGGAUGAGAUCCACGCACGCCGCCGACUCUCUGCCAUGGGGCCCCGGGGCCGAGGGGUGGGGGCUGAAGAUGACGGGGCCGCUACCGACGACAUCGCCAACUUCAAAAUGGAGUCUGACGGCAUAUCGAUGAUGUCUGUGAAUUUCGAGGAUAGCUGCAACGGCACAACAUCAGAAGACGAUCCCGAGACACAGUCCACCUGCAGCCUGAGCUCCACGUCUGCUCCUCUAGACCUGCCCUGUCCGUUCCCCUCCUCUUCCUCCCCGUAUCCCCUGCUCUCGUCCUCCUGCCCGUACCCUUCCUCUUCCUCCUCGCCCCCGCCGUCCCUCUCUGCCGGUCCUGACCUGCUCCAGCUGCCCGGCUCGGGGUCUCUGGAGGGCUUCGAGCAGGUGUCUCCGGUGUUGGGCCCUCGCAGUGAGUGCAGCGGGGCCUCGUCACCAGACUGUGAACAGGAAAGAGGUGAGAGGGCAGAGGGCGCAGAAGUUAAACCUGGAAGUACAAACAGCAUCAGCAGUCAGAAAAGCUCCCACCUGCAGAAGAGCCUGCGCAGUUUAUCUCUCCAAACCGCAGACGACACAGACACUCGUUCUUUCACUGUGACCUCCAACACACCAGCAGUGCUGCUUCUCAACAGUGUUUAAACUCCUCUGUAGGAACCCAAACCUUCAGCACAGGGGCCAAAGCAGGGGCCCAUAUCUGAGACUACAGAACGACAUGUCAGAGGAGCCAUCGUGUGAAACUAUUAUCAUCUCAGUGUUACGGACUGGUUUAAAACCAGAAAACCAUGAAAGUAUUAGAAUUGUCGUGCGGACAUCAACUAUGAAGUGACGGGAACUACAUUGAACUUUUCAUCAUCACGGAGUGGAUGUUCUUCAUGUCUUCCUCAAAUGUUUGUGUUGUGAAUGGACACUGUUUGUAUGCCCUGUCUUCUGUCGUGGCGUCUCACUAGCCUAACUUGAAACAACUCAAUUUUGAUGGGUGGUGACACACCUACUAACUGUUGUAGCAUAAACCAUUGUAAGUGACUGGAUUAGUAUGCAUGGCACCACCUGAUUCUCCAGCGACUAUGUAAAUGAAGCUUACGAUUGAAAGCAGUUAAUGGGAUGUCAGCCUUAGCAGAAGAUAUCUGCACUUGUUUUUCACUCUGUCGGCGUUGUGCGAUGAACCUUCUCUAUUGUCUUAGAUUUACUCCACAGGUCGUAACGUAAGGAGGUCCUCAUGUAGUUCAAAGCUAUAUAUUUAUACUCAGUGUUUAUCUCGUUAUCAUGAUGUUAUCAGUGUGUUUUCAUGGCACAAAGUCCUUAUUUGUGUAAUAAACAGAUGCUCACAGCACGA